AUGGCGAAGCUUCUGUCUGUUGCCGCGGUUUCCCUGUUAUGCCUUUUUGCGCCCGUGAGCGCUCAGGAGAACCUUGAGGAUGAAACUGCUCUUUCAGCCGCUGAAGUCCUGGGGAAUGGGGUUUCCCCCGCAAGUCCGUUGUUUUCACGCAACAUAUUGGAUUCUCGACAAACAUAUAGAUGUGUGGACGCCGGAUAUUACCCAUGCUCCCGUAUGUUUAUGACCCCCAUCAACGUGGCUGCUGUAGAUCCGGAUGGAGCUGCUGUCCGACCGAUUGUUGUCCGGCUGGCACAACCUGCUGUAAUGGCGGCGGUUGUGUCUAUCCGGGCGGAGAGUGCUGUGGGGACGGCUUCUCUUGCCGUGCUGGCUCUAAGUGCUAUAAGCUCGGUGGAAUCUGGAGAUGCCGAACUCCCUGCCCGCCUGUAA